AUGGCUCCGAAGCCAAGAAUAACACCUCGUCUUACUACAGACGCCGACGAAGAUGCCGAAAGGACUGGAUUAUCAUUAUAUGCCAGUCAAGGGCAAAGGCUUGCGAAUCCGUCUCCAUUAGCUAUGGGUGGCUUUGCGACGACUCUCCUUACCGUUUCUCUUGCUAUGAUGGGGUUUCGGGGUGUUUCGACACAGACUGUUUUCGUUGGAAACCUCUGCUUCGUCGCCUGUGUAGCUUUAUUAAUUUCAGCUCAGUGGGAGAUGGUCAGGGGCAAUACCUUCUCGUAUACAGUGUUGAGCGCAUUUGGUCUCUUUUAUGGUGGUUAUGGCGCUAUUAUGAUACCAGCCCUAGGAAUAGUCGACGCAUACGGGGGAUAUACACCUGAGUAUUAUAACGCCAUGGGAUUUUUCGUAUUAAUUUGGGCCGUCCUAGAUGUCUUCUUUUUAAUUGCUAGCGUUUCCUUCAACAUAGUAUACAUUGGAAUAUUUCUUACCGUUGAGCUCUGCUUUGCUUUAGAUGCAAGCUCCUAUUUCGCCCUUGCGGAUGGAAAUCUGGCUGCAAGUGCUGCACUCAUGAAAGCGGCUGGUGUGUUCGGAUUCCUGGCUGGGUUGUUAGGAUUCUAUACCGUCGCACAUUACAUGUUUGAGGAUGCGUUUGCUUUUCACAUACCAAUGGGCGAUACUUCUUCGAUCUUCAAAAAGUACAAAAACGCUAAGAGCAUGGAAUAGAGAGCUCUAGAUGGCCUAAGCAUAAAGCUCAGAAUCUUUAGGAAUUUCUAUGUUUAUUCUCGAGCGCGUAAAUCUAAAGGGGAGGAGACGCGA